AUGGGGAACUCUCAGGGCAAGCCAGUUGUCUUGACCGAUGAAGACAACUCGUGGGUGGUGCUCACUGUUCUCACAGUGAAUCUAAAUCACUUUCGCCUUCUGAGGGUGGUCGGCAAAGGUGCUUUCGGCAAAGUUCGUAUCGUCGAGCGCAAAGACUCGGGUCUGACAUUUGCGCUCAAAUACAUCCGCAAGGAUGAAGUGGUGCGCUCCGAAAGUGUCCGCAACAUCAUACGCGAACGGCGGAUGCUCGAGCACCUAAACCACCCAUUUCUUUGCAAUCUUCGCUACGGUUUUCAAGAUGUCGAGUAUCUGUAUUUGGUGGUCGAUUUGAUGAACGGCGGCGAUCUUCGAUUUCACAUUCAACGCAAGGCUUUCACCGAAGACGCCAUUCGCUUCUGGAUGGCCGAACUAGCUUGCGCCCUCCGAUACAUCCACAGCCAGGGCAUCGUCCAUCGAGAUCUGAAACCAGAUAACGUGCUGCUAGACUCGGAAGGCCAUGUCCACUUGGCUGAUUUCAACGUUGCCUCGGAUUUCAAGCCGGGCAAACCUCUCACCAGUAAGUCGGGUACGCUGGCGUACUUGGCGCCCGAGGUGUUUCGGGGUCACGGCUAUUACAGUGAGGUGGAUUGGUGGUCCUUGGGUGUGACCAUGUAUGAGUCUGUCUAUGGAAAACGGCCAUUCGAGGGCAAGACUCAUGAGGAGCUUGUCGACAACAUCUGUGCGGCCAGUCCGCGAUAUUUUGUGACGAAGCCUCCCGUGUCGAUGCCCUGUCUCCACGCCAUGACCUCGUUGAUCGAAAAGGAUCGGCGGAAGCGAAUCGGGGCCGCUGGCUUCGAAACCUUUACCAACCACCCUUUCUUCCAAUGCAUUGACUUUGACGCCCUGGAGCGGAAACAAAUUCCUCCCGUCUUCAUCCCGUCGAGUGAGAAGACAAACUUUGACGCCACAUACGAUCUUGAAGAACUACUUUUGGAGGAAGCUCCGUUGGAAGCCCGGGCGAGGAGACAAAAGCCCCGUGCGGAACUGCGCAACGACGCGUCCAGCAAAGAGAUCCGAGAAGACGAGCUGCACCGCAUGAUUGAGACCAUGUUUGAGCCUUUCGAUUAUACCCUGGCCAGUUAUGAUGUGAAUGCUGCCGCUGCAGUUGCUGGGACAGUGCCUGACGAGCACGUUCACUUGGACACACACCAGCCCGAGUCACACUCUGUCCACACUUCUCCCGAUGGUUCGCCCCCAUUAUCAACAGCCGGGAUUGCCCUCACGCCUGAUGCCGAGGAGGGUUUCCCUCCGCUGGACGAAAUGGCAGCGGCACUGCCGCAAUCACAAACCACACAGCGGCCAGCCUCAUCUUCCAAGUCGUUCAGUCGCCCUCUUCCUCCGCAGAGACCCAUCCCUGCCACACGGCAGCCGAGUAAAGGAGGCGGUGUACAGAUGGUCCUGGACGAAUCAGGCAGCUGGUCCAAUCUGGCGGACCAGACCCCUCCCAUAGCAUCCGACGGUCUUCCAGAUCCCGGAGCCAGGUACGAAAAGGGAGGUGGGAGCAUGCUGGGAUUUUUGAGUAGGAAGAAAGGUCGGGAACGGAGCCCCAAACCGAAAGAACCCGGGGUAUUGGGCAAAUACGGCGCCAGACAUAUCAUUAGCUGA